AUGUCCACAACCAAACCCAAAGUCCUCCACAUCGGCGACAACAUCAAAUACAACCACGAGCUCUACGCGCGCUUCGCUUCACAAUUCGAGCUCAUCCAGCCCAGCGCCGCGGAGCGCUCCCGUGCCGAAUUCAAGCGCGCCCUGCAAGAGGGACGAUGGGGCAACUUCCACGCGAUCUUCCGGCCCUUCUGGAACACAGGCGGCGAGAUGAGCAACUGGGACGAGGAGCUGAUCUCGUUGCUACCGGCGAGCGUGCAGAUUAUCGCUUCAGCAGGGGCAGGCUAUGACUGGGCGAACGUGGAGUGUUUCGCGCGAUAUGCACCUCCCCGCACGCCUUCCACGACGGCGCACACCCACUCCCCUUUAACCGCGCGCAACCCAUCCACCCAAACCAUCGGCAUAAUCGGCCUCGGCGCAAUCGGGCUCACCAUCGCGCGAAAAGCCCGCGCCGCGUUCCCCGGGAUCCGGGUUGUGUACCACGAUCUCGUGCGGAAGGGCCCCGAGCUCGAGGGCAGUAUUGACGCUACCUACGCCGCGACGCUGGAGGGGGUGUUGCGGGCCGUGGAUUGCGCGGUGCUUGCGACGUCGUUUGCGGGGUGCACGCUUAUUGAUGCUGCAGCUUUGGGAAAGUUUAGGCGCGGGGCAGGGGGUUUUUUGAGUGCGGUGGGCUUGGACGUGCAUGCUUCGGAGCUCGUUGUGCAUCUUCGGCUCGCGGCCAGUCGGAGGGUUAUGAUGCUUAGCCAUGAUGCUGGGGGGCGGUGGAUACACAUGUGGCGGUUUGAGAAGUUGGCUAUGGAGAAUCUUCUCGGGUUUUUUGGGGAGGGGAGGGCCGUGACGCCUGUUAAUGCGCACUUGGUAAAGAUGGAUAAAGGGGGGGGGGGCAAACUAAAGAGUUUGUUGUAG